CGCUAUCGUAUAAGCAAUCGAUUUCAUCCAUAAGAACUCGAACGAAUGAACCGACAGCAAAUACUGCUACCGACACGUAUAUUUGCGGAUCAAUUAUGACUGUGCGUCAAUAGCUCGGAAAAUGAAUGCCCUUCUUCAAGGCCUUACCUGGAGUUCCAGAUCGUCUUAAUUAACCUAAAACGAAAUAAAGCAACGACAGAAGCGGUGCUACGAUGGCCGACAGCGAUGAUGACUUCGACAGACGCCGGCGGGACAAAUUCGCAAGAGAGCGGAAUGACUACCGUGAUCGUCGAGACUACGAACGAGAUAACUACUCUCGUGGUCGCGACUAUGGGCGUGACUACGAUCGACGGCGUGCGUACAGUCCACUACGCGGUGGUGGCAGGGACAUUUCGCCACCAGUUAAGCGAUCGCGAUACGAGUCAGAACCUAGUGCAAAUACCGCGGGAGUUAGUCAGCCGGCGAUGCUGACCUUUAAGCAGUUCCUUGCCAACCAGGAUGACUGUAUCGACGAUCAAGACGCUGUUAAGAAGUAUGCUGAUUAUAAGACCGACUUUAAACGACAGCAACUCGAGGAGUUCUUCAAGGCUCACAAGGACGAGGAAUGGUUCCGGUUGAAGUAUCAUCCAGACGAAUGCCACAAACGGAAAGAGCAAAUGCAGGCCAACAUCGAGAAGCGCUUGGAGGUAUACCAGAAGGUUAGUGACAUGGGCCUCCUGGACAAGGUCGAGCUGGAUGUGGAGAAGAACGAUGACAUUAUUCGCAUUAUGGACACGGUAGCCAUAUUUCUUGAAGGGGGCAACGAAGAUGACCUCAAGGCGCUCGACGAACCAGAGCCCGAGACGAAGCCACAUAUCCUCGAGCCUGCCAGGGACACGGAGAAAGCGGGCAAUGACAAAGACAAGAAACGCGCCACAUCAACAAACGACUCGAAAAAGGAAGGCGAAGAAGCAAAGGCGAAGGAGAAAGGGGAUGACGAUUCGGGCUUAAGUGAAAAUGAGGCCGAUGACGCAAAGAAAGAGGAAGGCGACGAUGAGAUUUCGAAAGACAAUGAAGACAGCGUCGAGGGUGAUGCGACAGAGGAUAAACAGGACGGUAACAGUGGUAAAGAGCCUAGUAAAGCCGAUCUUGAAAGUGGCGAAGAGGACGAAGAGAAAACAGGAUCAGAAAGGGCACAGAAAGCGGACAUUACCGAAAAUGCCGGUGCGAGAAACGCUGAUGCCGUCUGUGAGGGCGGUACAGAAGCUGCGCCUAAGACUGAACAACAGCCUGGUGUUGCUCGACCUCGCCAUCUGCAUCGAACUUCGUCAAUUUUUUUGCGUACGUUAUCUGCCGCAAUCACGAAACAGGAGGUAGAAGCAAUGUGUAGAAACUAUCCUGGCUUCCUUCGGGUUGCAUUGGCUGAUCCUCAACCUGAACGGAAGUUUCACCGUCGUGGUUGGAUCACUUUCGAACGUCAUGUUAACACAAAGGAGAUCUGCUGGAAGCUGAACAAUAUCCGGCUUCGUGACACCGAGUUGGGAGCAAUUCUAAACCGCGAUUUGUCCCGCCGUGUGCGAUCAGUGAACGGGAUUGUGUCAGCCAAGUCGGUGAUGAAGUCGGACAUGAAGUUAGCCGCUAAGAUCAUCCAGAAUUUGGACACGCAGCGUGGUCUGUGGCUACAACCGGGCGCUGCCGAAUCGAAGAACCCGUUGCUGAGCAACAUCACCGACUACCUUAUCGAGGAGGCUAGUGCUGAAGAAGAAGAGCUUCUUGGCGGGAGCGCAGCCGGCGGCGACGACGUCAAAGGAGAAAAUGCUGAUUCUUUGCUGGAGAAGGAUUCUGAAUUGACCCGCGUCCUGGAUCGCCUGCUUUGGUAUCUUCGCAUCGUUCACUCGGUCGAUUAUUAUUCUCACAGCGAAUAUCAUAAUGAGGAUGAAAUGCCAAAUCGCUGUGGUAUUAUUCACGCUCGAGGGUCAAUCCCUACUUCACAGGUUACACCGAAAGAAAUUGAAGAGUACAUUGCCCAGUUUGAGCAAAAGAUUGCAUCCUAUUCGGAACCUAUUCGGCCCCUGUCGCUCGACGAGGCCAAGAAGCUCGGGCUGAAAACCGAACAAGAUGAAGUUGAUAAGUUCAUGAGCGAAAAUUGCGUGGAGCUAGCUAAGGAGAAGUUUCUAUGCCCAUUAUCAGGCAAAAAAUUCAAAGCGCCUGAAUUUGUACACAAACACAUUCUCAACAGGCACGCUGAGAAACUUGAUGAAGUUAAAAAGAACACAAUGUAUUAUAAUAAUUACGUAAAUGAUCCGAAACGACCGAUGCUACCGGAGCACCCGGCGAAUAAGCCGCGUCCCCCGGGAGGUAAUGGGAGUCAUACUGGAGCAGGAGGUCCGGCUGGUGACAGUAAUGGUGGAGGCGUACCUACUAAUGCUGCACCGUAUGCACACUAUGGAGCACCCGGAGCACCUUAUGCAGCUUACCCACCAGGCCGCGGCCCAGCAGCUUACGGUCCGCCUCAUGCUGGCUAUGGGGGCCCUAUGAGAGGCUACGGACCCCCCUUAGAUCAUGGACCUUACGGCGGACCACGUUACGGUAACAAACGUGGAGGGCCUCCCUUCUCCGGUGGUCCUAGGGGUAUUCGGGACCCCCGGCCUGUUGUAGGAUACCACGACCUCGACACGACCCCUGAUUUUGACAUGUUCUAGAGAGACAUAGACAGACAAAGAAAGAGACACGAACAAAGGCACGAGAAUAAUCUCAAUGCAAUAUACGACGCUAUGUAUGCAAUUAGCCGUCGAAAAUUUAUCGAGGAAAAUCAAAACAAACGGUCAGAGGUGCCCUACCCUAAAACGUGGUUGAGUGAUGGCUAGUUUAGCGUGCCUAGGCUUAUGUACUGAACGUGUCAGCUUGAAAAGAGAGACAUAUUUAGUAAUCGAUGUGUCGUUGUCAACGCGUCGCCGAUAUCGUUAGCUACCUGGAAGAACUGAUGGGUAGUAGAAAGAAAGACACGUACAAAAGUGACACUCGUUCCGACUUGAUUGAUCCUUUGGUUCCAGGGGCUUUCCGGGUAGGAGACCAUAUACGGAUUGGGAUGCCCCCGAGGAUUAUUGACUGUAACUAGAAGACGAACAAAGCGGGAGAAACAUAAAACGUCUGCGGACGGAAGUUCCGUUCGGAAAUCUACUGCAGGAACGAGAUUGUAUAACUUGGCAGAGAAGUUUCCAUAAAGACGAUACAUACAUUAUUAAUAAUAAGUAAAUAAAUUAAUUAAUAAAAAUAUCGUACAUAAUUGAAAAGGCAAAUGAAAAGAGUAAUAGCUUUUGCGAUUGUCAAUAAAAAUGCAACAACCGCUGUGUAUUCUAGUUCAUUUUGUUUUGUAUUCGAUGUUAUUGAACAUGAAUAGACAAAGAGCAUAGCUUCUGUGAUGCUUUAUACUAUGGGAUAGGGUGGGACGGAAUGAAACAUGAACAUUUUGCCAAAGGACGGAGUUUCGUAGGAACGAUCUAUUUACAGACGCUGUAAAAUGUCUUUUGUGAGUAAGAUGAUCGAGCUUAUGAACGUACACUGAAGCGAAUGUACACAUGAUUACUAUAUUGUUUUAGCAAUAGUAAUAAUAGAGUUCAAAAAGAGCUACAGUCGAUAACUAUCUAUAAAUGCAUCCGCGUGGCGUUACACACAUAAGAUGCGAUAGAUAACAGUUCCGAAUAAAAGAUGAAUUAAACUUCGGAUAAAAUGACUCCAUAAAA